AUGGCGUCAACGACGGUGCGCUAUCAGAUGGACAAAGAGCAACGACAACAACUCCCAUGCUGGCCAGAUAACGGAGGUCUCGGUGAUGCGACAACGACAGAGAACUCCUUUGAUGAGUAUGUAACCUUUGAUCCCAACGACUUCCUCGGAGAUCCUCAGAGUCCUUCAGCCAUCCUCGAGGCGCCCGAUGAUGGCGUUCCCAAUUCCUCGCCCAAUGACCAGGACAUAUUCCCCGUACUGUCGUCAUCGUCCUUUGCCGAGGACGCUGCGUGCUUUGACUUUCCCAGCUCGAUACCGGAACAGAGUCUAUUACUUCCAGCAUUUCUUACUGGCGCCGAACCGGUUUUGGGAGGAGCAGAAUCCAUAUCAGACUCGGAGCUCUUGAGACUGGAGGGCAUUUCCAUCAAGUCGCCCAGAGAGGAGAUAGCCGAACCCGUGAGCCCGUCUCUGCUAUUGCAACCAAGUCCAAACAAGAAAAGUCGCUUUGUGGAAUCAGUUUAUGCCACUUUUCGCAGGGCAACGGGUAGUUCAGGACCAUCAAGAACGCAUACAGCGGCUUUGGACAUGUUCAAUGCGGACACAAUACCCCAGCCACAUUUGCCACAUGGAAGCUAUGAAUAUACGACAGACCCGCUGGAUUUAAAAUCCGAGCCCAUUGACAAUAGUGGCCUGCCCCUGUCACCACCGCUGACGGGUAAGAUUCCCUAUUCAGGAUCGUCAUUUGCGGCAAAUGGCGCCUUUGUGACGGGCAAUAUAGAGGAUCCAUUCUGCGAUAAGAUCAUGGCUCCUCACAUGGGCAAUGAUGUCAGCACUCCCCUGAGCACUCCGGCUCUCAAGGACGACUUCUUCUUCCCGACCACGGUAUCGAAUCUCGACCCUCGUAGCACCAAAGUCUGCAGACUGAAGCAAAGAAAUGCGAGCUCGGCUGAGUGGCCCUUGGAUGGCAUCAUUAGCGACGAUAGCCCACGCCAGUGGUCCGCCACGGCAUCAUCUUCCUAUAUUCCAGACAACAAUGCAUUGCAUAGCCCGAGCUGGUGGGAUAUCAAUGAGCCGUCUACACCAAGCUCACAAGCGCCGAUGCCGCUUCUCAACAAUAGCGGUUUUCACGAUGGCACAGCUAGUUUCGAGCACAAUCAGUCAAUGCACCAUCAGUCUGAACUGCCCUACGAGUACACUCCAGAGCUCUCAGGACUCAUGAUUCACAUGCCACAGCCCCGGCUGCCUCAAGCCGCCGUCCUGUCUGCCAACAUUCCGGAGCAGCUCAUGACGCCUACCCACCACGCAUCCGCCGUGCAGAAUUCUUCUCAUGGUCAUCACUCUCAACAUCGCGGCCGCUACGCUGACCACAGACAUCAUCUUCACCGCCGCCCCCAGCCCCGAGCUCCGUCAUCGGGGGCCCGCCACCUCCACCACGGCGCAUCCAUGACGUCGCCGCGUAAGCCUAGCCUGCACCGAUCCGGGUCGAGGGCUAUGCUCGUGCACCGCGAAGAGUCAGUCUCACCGUCACCAGGAUCGUCGGGACAACAGCACCACCGGCCGCGGCGGGUGGCGAGCUCAUCCAGUCUCUCAGUACGUAAACAGCGAUCAUGGUCUCGGGCACCACGGACACCGAACCCGUCAGGGAGGUCUCACUCGUCAUCCUUUGGAGGCAACAGCGGCUCGCCUGGAGGUGGAGCGGGAGGGGGUGGUGGUGGUGUGGAUUUUGUUAAUUUUACGCCGAGUGACAAAAACCUGCUCAUGACGGGCGUGGCGCCGAGCGGGAGCAGUAAGACCAAGGCCCGCCGUGAAAAGGAGGCCGCGGACCGCCGGAGGCGUAUUAGCGAGGCGGCGGUCAAGGCGGUUCAGGCCGCUGGCGGUGACGUGGAUACGCUGGUUAUGGACGAUUUUGUCUUUUGA